UGCUUUUAACAGAUGGAAACCGAGGUGCAGGCAGCUUCCCGGGUUCCCAGAACGCAGCAAGUGUCCAGGUACCCUGCUCGGAACCACUGCCCAGGUCACCUGCUCGAAGCCCACACCUGCUACCUCCUUCCGGGCCCCAGGUAGGCCCCACCCCCUUGGUUCCUCGCCGCCCCGUGCGGACACGCGCAUCCUCGCGGAAGCCGCGCCUUCGGCCCAGGCCCGGCGGCCGCUCACCAGUCCAGCAACAUGCUUCCAGCGAGGCCCUCACUUGGCGAUUAGGAACUUCUCUGAUCCAAGAGAGAACGAAUUUGGCGCUCGCACCGCGCAGAAAGCUCCUGGAUCUUGCGCGCCCGCUUGUCCAUCACACGCGCGCACCUGAGCUCGGACCCGCGAGGAGAACAACACCCAGGCCGGGACCAGAGCCCCGCCGCAGCCCGCACGGCACGGACUGGAGCGAGCUCCUGCGCUGGCGCUGGCUCUGCUGGCCUCGCUCGCCGCCCCGCGCGGGCCUGUCCUCUUGCCCACUAGGGACUCCUGGUCCUCUUCGCCCUCGCGACCCUGCCAGGCCCAGCCAGCGCCUCUAGAUCGCGCGGACCGGGACACCCGCCCCGGCUCUUGCGUCCUGAGAUCCGAGACCCGGCCCGGGUCCUACUCGCAUCCGCGAGAAUCCGGCCUGGUCCUGUGCCCUGGGGAAGCCCCCUCCAAGCUUCCCAGAACAAACGGGUAGGGGAUGCGUGUAGGCGUCCUGCUCGGCGGUGCCAGCCGUUUUUGUCCCCUGACAGAUCAAACCCUGUGUGUGAUUCGUCUUUGGGUACCCCAACCCCCAUACCACGCACCUUGCAAGCAGUAGGUGAUCAGUAAAGGUGUGUGGGAGUCAGCCAGAUGGGCCAGGUGCUGACCCGUGCACUAGCCCUGGCUGCGCGCAGUUCCAGGGUAACUGCCGCGCGGGUUCCCGUGGCCUUGAGGCGGGUAAUGUUGAGCACCAGAAGGCAGCGCACAGCAGGUACCCGCUGCCUUGAGUAGUUCAAAACUCGCCAGCCUGUUGGUUUCUUCAGCCAAGGCCCUAGGACUAGGUGGAAGCCCUGAAGACCCCGUCUGCCCUGCGAGGGCGACCGGUCUAUGGAGCCCCAGGUGUGGGCGCCCUAGGAAAGUCUUGGUCUGAAGCGGGUCUCUGCGCGUAGAAAUCAAUUUCCAGUGCACUACCCACGUGUCGCCGUGGACACCCGCGCAUACCUGCGCAGCGCGGAACGAAACCCAGCCCCUGGCGCGCGAAUCGGUGGCCGGGGGAGGGAGCAAGGUGCCGGCUUCGAAACGGGAGUGUUUGUGUUCGGAAUUACUCCCCGGGUGCUGUGGGCACAAUCUUCCGCUGGGCCGAAAGAGACGCGUCUAGAGGGUAUUCCAGCAGAUCCACAAUGCGGACAGGGGCGGGAGCGGGGCUGCGACUUCAGCUGGGUGAGCGACGUAGGUGGCGAGCCCCCCAGGGCGGAGGAGCCCGGCUCGUACCACCCGGAAGCGAGCGGCUUCACUUAAUCCCGGGUCCUGGGGUUGCCACUUUCAUCUCCCCACCCCCCGCCCCCGCCGCAGGCCACAGCCAGUGCGCGCACUCCGCAGACCUGGGUGGCCGCGCUCCUACGAUGCCCAGCCCUUCCCCUGCCCCGUGGAUCCUCUGCUCCCGGCGCUGAGGGGUCCCGCGCCCGUGGGGGCGGAGGACCGGGACCCGGAAGAUGCGGCGUCCCGGGGACAGGAAGGCGUCGGGCCGGGGGGUCAGCACCUCUGCCCGCCACGUGCGCGCUCCUAAGCCGGCCGAGAGCCACUGUCCCGUUUUCGCAGCAUCAGGGCCCCGGGGCCCGGCCCGCGUCCAGCCCGAGAGUGAGCUGCCCUCUGCCUGUGCUGGAAGAUGUCCCAGUCCACCCAGCCCGCUGCCGCCGAUGAGGGGGCCACGUUCCAGCACCUAUGGAGUUCUCUGGAGCCUGACAGCACCUACUUUGACCUUCCCCAGCCGGGCCAGGGGAAUGAGGAAGUGGCGGGUGGUGCGGAGGCCGGCAUGGAUGUCUUCCACCUGCCGGGCAUGACCACAUCUGUCAUGUCCCAGUUCAAUUUGCUGAGCAGCACCAUGGACCAGAUGAGCAGCCGCGCGGCCUCAGCCAGCCCCUACACCCCGGAGCACGCCGCCAGCGUGCCCACCCACUCGCCCUACGCGCAGCCCAGCUCCACCUUCGACACCAUGUCACCCGCGCCCGUCAUCCCCUCCAACACUGACUACCCUGGCCCCCACCACUUCGAGGUGACCUUCCAGCAGUCGAGCACAGCCAAGUCGGCCACCUGGACGUACUCCCCGCUGCUGAAGAAGCUCUACUGCCAAAUCGCCAAGACGUGCCCCAUCCAGAUCAAGGUGUCCGCUCCGCCGCCCCCAGGCACCGCCAUCCGCGCCAUGCCCGUCUAUAAGAAGGCGGAGCACGUGACCGAGGUUGUGAAGCGCUGCCCCAACCACGAGCUCGGGCGGGACUUCAAUGAAGGACAGUCCGCUCCCGCCAGCCACCUCAUCCGCGUGGAGGGCAACAACCUCUCGCAGUACGUCGACGACCCAGUCACCGGCCGGCAGAGCGUCAUGGUGCCCUAUGAGCCCCCGCAGGUGGGGACAGAGUUCACCACCAUCCUGUACAACUUCAUGUGCAACAGCAGCUGUGUUGGGGGCAUGAACCGGCGGCCCAUCCUCAUCAUCAUCACCCUGGAGACGCGGGACGGACAGGUGCUGGGCCGCCGGUCCUUUGAGGGCCGCAUCUGUGCCUGUCCUGGCCGGGACCGCAAAGCAGAUGAAGACCACUACCGUGAGCAGCAGGCCCUCAACGAGAGUGCUGCCAAGAGCGGGGCUGCCAGCAAGCGCGCCUUCAAGCAGAGCCCCCCUACCAUUCCUGCCCUGGGCACCAACGUGAAGAAGAGGCGGCAUGGUGACGAUGACGUGUACUACAUUCACGUGCGGGGCCGGGAGAACUUUGAGAUCCUGAUGAAGGUCAAGGAGAGCCUGGAGCUGAUGGAGCUGGUGCCCCAGCAGCUGGUGGACUCCUACCGGCAGCAGCAGCAGCAGCUCCUGCAGAGGCCGAGCCACCUUCAGCCUCCAUCCUAUGGGCCUGUCCUCUCGCCCAUGAGCAAAGCGCAUGGGGCCGUCAACAAGCUGCCCUCAGUCAACCAGCUGGUGGGCCAGCCUCCCCCGCAUGGCUCAGCGGCUGGGCCCAACCUGGGACCCAUGGGCCCCGGGAUACUCAACAACCAUGGUCACACCCUGCCGGCCAACGGGGAGAUGAAUGGUGGCCCCAGCUCCCAGUCCAUGGUCUCGGGGUCCCACUGUACCCCGCCACCCUCCUACCAUGCUGACUCCAGCCUGCUCAGUUUUCUAACGGGAUUGGGGUGUCCAAACUGCAUCGAGUAUUUCACCUCCCAGGGCUUACAGAAUAUUUACCACCUGCAGAACCUGACGAUAGAGGACCUGGGGGCCCUGAAGAUCCCCGACCAGUACCGCAUGACCAUCUGGAGGGGCCUCCAGGACCUGAAGCAGAGCCACGACUACAGCGCCCAGCAGCUGAUCCGUUCCAGCAGCAACGCGGCCACCAUCGCCAUCGGGGGCUCCGGGGAACUUCAGCGCCAGCGGGUCAUGGAGGCCGUGCACUUCCGCGUGCGCCACACCAUCACCAUCCCCAACCGCGGGGGCCCCGCCGGGGGCGCGGGGCCCGACGAGUGGGCCGAUUUCGGCUUCGAUCUCCCGGACUGUAAGUCCCGCAAACAGUCCAUCAAAGAGGAGUUCACGGAGAGCGAGGCCAACUGAGUGGGGAGGACACGGCUGGACCCCCUGCCCCCGUGCUACCUACGCUGAGAGCGGAGAGGGCGGAGUCUCGGCGAAGAGGGCGGAGUCUCCGGGCUGGCGGCCCAGGAAGCCUCGCUGGAUGGCUGCUUCCUCCCAGUCACCAACUGGCCUGGGAAGCAGGAUCCCUGGGCUGCGCCGGUGAAGUGGGGAGGACCCCAGAGCUGUAUUGAGGUUGCGCAUCCAGGGUCCGUCCUCUGGGGGGCUCACCUUCCCUGCCUCUCCUUCCUGGGGGCUCAGCUGACAACUGCCAAAAAGUGUUUUUCAAUGUCUCUGGCUCUGGGUAGGGAUGAGGGGCUCGGUGCUUGUCCCUAACACGUUUGUUCUCCAGUCCGGUCUCCAGAUUACAUCUCUGCCCGAGGCUGGUCCCUCUGCUGGUCUUGAGGGUCGGUCUGCCCCUUGCACCCUUGUCCACUGGUGUAAAGCCCACUGCAGCCACUUCCCAUUUCCUGCUCCAAACAAAAUCCCAAGUUUCACUGGAAUUAGGAAGACUGGUCCCUCCUGGGAGGCAAGGAAACUUCUGGUGGAUGGCCUGCAGCCAGGCCCCAUGCCAACACCUCUGGCCACAGUGCCCUUCCUACAGUGGCCCCCUGAGCACGGACACAGGUUCCUCAGACCCCUGGGAAUUGUGAACAUUUGAUAAAAUGAUGCCCUUUUUCUACA